AUGACCGGAGGUAAUGAGUACCACAAAUACGACAUGGCCCGGCUGCACGCAGAGCUGGAGCAGGAGAGGGAAGUUAAAGAAAUGCUGGAGGAGUCUGUGUCGGACCUAAGGAGCACACUGUGUGAGCUGCAAGAAAGACUACACAGUGUUGAUGGAGAGGGUAAUGAAUGGAAGACAAGGUAUGAAACACAAGUAGAGCUUAAUGGACAAUUAAAACGACAAAUCUCUCUCAUAAAGGAGAGAUUAGAAGACCUACGUGGAAAUCCUAUAGAUCGUUUAGCCUCCAUACGUUCUUAUGAUGAAAUGUCAAUUGAAACACUGAGGCAAAGGCUGAAGCUUCUGACCAAUGACAAAUCAGACCUCCAGACUCAGCUGAAAGACUGUCGACACCAAAUUGAACUAGAGGGGAAGGCAUUUCAUAAAACCAAUGAUGAGAGGCGUGCGUAUCUGUCUGAAAUAGCAAAGUUGUCCUCAACACUUGAAGUCCAAAGAAAACAGUACACCACCCAACCACAUAGACCAGUCAAAAGCAAACAGAGAGUGAAGCCGAGCAGCCGGAGAGUAGAGCCAGAGGGGCCUGGAGGUGAUGUGGGCGGAGCCACAGCCACAGGAGUGACAGCUGAUAGGAGAAAAGAGAAGAAGUCUCAGAGGGGGAGCAGGUUACCAAUGCUCAAACACUACCUGAAACACUAGCCCCAA